AUGGAGGCUGGACGACGAUACAACUUCCGUUCCAGAGAGUUCACCCGGAACGAAAAAGCUGUAUAG